UCUGUGUCAGUUCGGCGCGGCGCGGGCGGUCGGGGCGCGGGGCCUCGAAGUGCCGGACGCGAUGAUUUCGGCCGCGCAGCUCCUCGAUGAGCUCAUGGGCCGGGACAGGAACCUGGCGCCGGACGAGAAGCGCAGCAACGUGCGGUGGGACCACGAGAGCGUUUGUAAGUACUACCUUUGUGGCUUUUGCCCAGCUGAAUUAUUCACAAACACCCGCUCUGAUUUAGGUCCUUGUGAAAAAAUUCAUGAUGAAAAUCUACGUAAACAGUAUGAGAAGAGCUCUCGUUUUAUGAAAGUGGGCUAUGAAAGAGACUUCCUGCGCUAUUUACAAAGCUUGCUGGCAGAAGUAGAACGCAGGAUUAGAAGAGGCCAUGCUCGCUUGGCGCUGUCACAGAACCAGCAGUCUUCUGGGGCAGCGGGACCUACUGGUAAAAACGAAGAGAAGAUUCAAGUAUUAACUGACAAAAUUGAUGUACUACUACAACAGAUUGAAGAACUGGGCUCAGAAGGGAAGGUGGAAGAGGCACAAGGAAUGAUGAAACUUGUUGAACAAUUAAAAGAAGAGAGAGAGUUGCUGAGGUCUACAACUUCAACGAUUGAGAGCUUUGCAGCACAGGAAAAGCAAAUGGAAGUUUGUGAAGUUUGUGGAGCAUUCUUAAUUGUAGGAGAUGCACAGUCCAGGGUAGACGACCAUUUGAUGGGAAAGCAGCACAUGGGUUAUGCCAAAAUAAAAGCUACUGUAGAAGAUUUGAAAGAAAAGUUACGGAAAAGGACAGAAGAACCUGACCGUGAUGACAGGUUAAAGAAAGAGAAACAAGAACGAGAAGAGAGAGAGAAAGAGAGGGAACGAGAGAGAGAAGAGCGGGAAAGGAAGAGAAGGCGUGAAGAAGAAGAGAAAGAAAAAGAGAGAGCCCGUGACAGAGAGAGGCGUAAGAGGAGUCGCUCCCGGAGCAGGCAUUCGAGCAGAACGUCUGACAGAAGGUGCAGCCGUUCGCGAGACCACAAGAGAUCAAGAAGCAGAGAAAGAAGGCGAAGCAGGAGUCGUGACCGGAGAAGAAGCAGGAGCCAUGAUAGAUCAGAAAGAAAACAUAGGUCUCGCAGCAGGGACAGGAGGCGAUCAAAAAGCCGUGAUCGGAAAUCUUAUAAGCACAGAAGCAAAAGCAGAGAGAGAGAACAAGACAGGAAGUCAAAAGAAAAAGAAAAGAGGGGAUCUGAUGAUAAAAAAAGUAGUGUGAAGUCCAGUAGUCGAGAAAAACAGAGUGAAGACACAAAUACAGACUCGAAGGAGAGUGAUACUAAGAAUGAGGUCAAUGGGACCAGUGAAGACAUUAAAUCUGAAGUGCAGCGUAAGUAUGCACAGAUGAAGAUGGAGCUAAGCCAAGUAAGAAGACAUACUAAAGCACCUUCUGAAGGAAAAGACAGUGUAGUCCUGCAAAACAUUUUGAGGUACAUUGUUUUGUCUCAGCUAUUUUGUAGCAGACUCGUGCCCCAUUAGUGUGCCUCUUUGGGACAUAUUGUAAUAUAGUCACCAUAGAAACAGUAAUUAUCCUUUUUUUAUUUUUAGGGAUUUUGUUAUCGUUUUUAAAAAAAAAAAGUUGAACUGUUUUUGUAUUUAAGUCCAUAUUGUGUUGGUACAUCAGCAGAAACUUUUGCUUUAAUGCUUAAUAUUUGAGGCACAUGUUGGACUACUUUGUUUUUAUAUAAACUGCUAGUAUUUCUUUGUCAAGGAUGUUUCUAGUUUUUUUUUUGCUUUAUUGCCUUGCAUUCUAAUGCAGUUUGUUCUGUAACUCGAGAGCCAGUAGCAUUGGAUUGAUGGAAGUGUAGGGUUUAUGAAUUAUUGCAGCUGACUACCAUACCUCACACAGCGUUGGUGUUGUGAGCGGCCCAUGAAAAGCCAAAUUAAAAAUCAAGGAUUCAGUCAAACUAAGCAGGUACUCAUGCCAGGUACUCCUUUCUCUACCCACAUCCAUGUUUGAAUGCUGUUGCCUGUAAUCUUUAAGCUUACUGUUGUGUUUUUGAUUUUCAAGAUAGUGAGAAGGACUUCUCGUGUAUUGUGUGAAUACUGUAAAUCUGAUGUUAACAGAACGGGAUUUUCUUCCAACUGUGUGUAGGGAUGCAGAGGUGCCCAGAAUUAGAUAUCUUUAAAGAGUUAAAAAUGCAAUAAACACUACAUAAUAACCGCCUUGUUACUUUCAAUGCAAUUCAAGUCUUUAAGAGGUAUGUGCUUAAUAUUUCCUACUGCGUAGGAGAGUUUGCGAUCAGCCGUAGCACAGAGAGGUGGAAUGGCUGAUGCCACGUUUGUAAGGCAAAUAGAAAUACGAAGUCAGAUGCCAGAAAACUGUUAUGGUGUUCGUGGCAAGAGUGUGUGCUGAGAAAGUAUUUGCUGGAAACCAGGUGGCUAAACAUGAGGAAAUGCAGAUACUUGGAAGCUUUCCCCCAGCUCCUGACAUUCCUUUACCUGAGGUUUCCGUAGUUGCAUUCCUGAAAUAAGGAACUAACAGUGGAGAGUACGGCUGAUAAAUGAGUUUCAUGCAACAGAAGCUGUUAGUACAGCUUGGCUGUCUGUGCUCAGAAACCUGGGACGCGUGGUGUCGGUCGUGACGCCGUUACUGCUGCGUUACUGCUGCUAAAGCCAGUGCUGCUCAGUGUCGACAUCUCUGUAGCGUUAAGAUGCAGCUAACAGCUGGGCCAGGAUAGAGCUGCUGAGCAGAAUGCUCUCUGCGCUGCCUAAUUGUCUGCUCUCCCAACGUUUUGCAUUGCAGGACUGCUACGUGAAGAGUCUGCGAAGACGGCGGCAGACAGCUUAACGUGAAGAUCUGCUUUAAAAUGAGGUGAAAGAAAGCUGUAGUGGCGUAGAAAAAUAUAAGUUGAGUUAGAUAUUUUUUUUUAUAAAAUUAAAUUCAGGACUGGUUUUUCCUCCCAGAGCUCAGAAAGAUGUGUUGAUAGCAUAUAUGCUACUGAGAAUAUAAGUCCUGUAUCCUUUUUUUUUUUUUUUUCCUUUAAGUCUUUUUAAGAUAAGAAACCAACAUAACCUGAACACAUGGCUUGCUCAGUGUUUAAUUGCAAGUUUUCAUUCUUGGACUUUAAAACACAAAAAUAAAUGUUUAGUAUUUGUGUGAAUCGAACUAAAACAAAUCCCAUUUUUACAACUAAGGUAUUCCUAGCUUCUUGAUAUAUGAAAAAUGGAAAUAAAGUAUCUUUGAAUUUCUGUUACAAAUUUGAUGGUCUCUGUCAUUAACAUUUAGUAUUAAAUAAGUUUUUCUUUCCUAAUAAAUCUGCUUGUGUCUUCAAGCUUA